AACGUCAUUUCUCGGCGGUACGCCAGUCGAGACUGUUGUGUGUGGGUGUGGGUUUCGUGUGCGGAAAUCGGGCGCGCGGGACGAAGGGGGGGGGUGCGGUUAGGAUGAGUCGGGGAUGGUGGGUGUUUCUCCACUUCUGCUGUUUCUUCUCUUUCUUUCUUUGUAUUUGUCUUGUUUGCGACGAUUGAGGUAUCGACGCGAAGGAUUCUGGGUAAAGGGGCGACAAACCGAUUGAAGCGAGUUAUAUCCGGGGACACGGGAACACACGUCGUUUCUCCCCAAUUUUCGAAGGAAAAAAUUCAACAAGUGGCGAUUCUAGUGGCUUUUGUCAGAUAAUAGCCCUUUUGGAGCGCGAAGGAAAAGAGAAAAGAAUAUUGAAGCGAUUGAAACUGGGAACUGUGGAAAAAAAAGAUGGAUCUAGUCAGGCACCCGACCGCCAAUUCCGCACACCAAGGCCAUGAAGACCGCAGUUCGAGCUCCUUUGAAAAAAGAGAUGGAUACGCUGGCGAGGCAAGUGAAAGCAUGGAGGAAAUAGAGAAAGAAGAUCAGGAAAUAGUGGAUAGAGCCCGCGCGCAGAGCAGACGGUCCCAAGAUGGCCGCAGCUUAAAAACGAUUCAAUCGCAUCACUCGCGAGCCGGCGGUGACGGCUACACGUGUUUCGACCCCGAAGCAAUAAGUGCGUCAGGACCUCCGGUAAAAGCGACAACGACAGGAGCAAAACCCGGUGCUGUGACCGAGCAACCGUAUCUAGUGUCGUGGGACGGCGAUGCUGAUCCAGAGAAUCCGCGUAGCAUGGGGAAACUGCGGCGCUGGGCAAUCGUGGUUAUAUGUUCUGCGAGUUCGCUUUGCGUGACAUGCACUUCAUCGCUCUACACAUCGACGUACAGGCAACUAAAACCAGAAUUUGGAGCUUCGCGCUUGGUAUCUACGCUUGGGCUAUCCUUGUUUGUUGCGGGGCUGGGUACUGGGCCGAUGAUUUUAAGUCCCCUUUCUGAGUUCUUUGGGAGAAGGCCCAUUUACAUCUGCUCCUUCUCCUUCUUCCUCAUCUGGAUGAUUCCGUGUGCGGUGGCCCAAAACAUGCAGACGAUGCUCGUAGCCCGGUUCUUGGAUGGACUUGCUGGCUCAGCGUUUCUCAGUGUGGCCGGAGGAACAGUGGGGGACAUGUUUGCGAAACACGAACUAUCGGCACCGAUGAUGCUAUACACUGCCAGCCCAUUUGUGGGUCCGGAAAUAGGACCUCUGAUUGGGGGUUUCAUUGUUGAGAAUACUACUUGGAGAUGGUGUUUCUACUUACUCAUCAUUUGGUCGGGACUCCAGCUUUGCCUCAUUAUUCUAUUCGUACCUGAGACGUAUCAUCCCGUUCUUCUCCGCCGCAAGGCCAUACGACUACGUAAGGAGACUGGCAAUCAGGAAUGGAUAGCGCCAAUCGAGAAGAUGGACCGAUCCAUUGCCAAAACAGUCAUGUGGUCGUGCAUCAGGCCGUUUCAACUUUUGUUUUUUGAGCCCAUGUGCCUGAACCUGUGUAUCCUGUCGGCUAUUCUGCUGGGUAUCCUGUACCUGUUUUUUGGCGCCUUUCCGCUCGUAUUCGGGAACAAUCACGGCUUCAGCCUCUCACAGACUGGGAUUGCGUUUUUAGGCUUGCUAGUAGGCAUGGUGGCUGGUGUUUCGUCUGACCCCAUCUGGAGGAGGGUAUACGGUAGACUUGUGCGACAGCGUGAGGAGCAAGGGGGGCAGCCCGGCGGCUCCGAACCGGAGUUUCGGCUCCCGUCGACGAUUGUAGGCGCCUGGGUGGUUCCUAUUGCACUGUUUGGGUUUGGGUGGACGACGUACUCAUCGGUUCACUGGAUAGUUCCAAUAAUGUUUUCGGGAAUAUUCGGUCUUGGGGUUAUUUGGGUUUACUCCGGGGUGUUUACGUUUUUGGUUGAAGCAUACCCUGUAUAUGCUGCAUCUGCUCUUGCUGCCAACAGCUUUGCGCGGUCGUACUUUGCUGCAGCCUUCCCGCUAUUUGGUGUUCAGAUGUACAACAAUCUCGGCUACCAGUGGGCAACGACUGUGCUCGCGUUCCUGGCUCUAGCAAUGGCACCGUUUCCUAUCUUGUUUUUUCGAUACGGUAAGCGUCUUCGCGAGGGCAGUCGAUAUGCAUCAGGAUAGCAGUAAGUGGGUGGGUAUGAAUGUUUAUGCGAGGGCAUGUGGCAGCCAUGAGUGGGAGAGCAAAACCAAGAAUAGAGACGAGUGACACAGCAUUUGCAGGCCA